AUGUCUCAGAAUUCAAAAGGUAAACUGAUUGCAAAAAAGCCAAUUGGUCCAGCAAAGAACUCCAUCAAAGCUCAGGCAACAAAGAGAAGACAGGUGUUCAGGCCCAUACUGGAAACCCCAUAUACAGAUGUCGAGUGGCCAAGGAUAGAACCGGAAACACUCAGAAACCUAUUAGAGUUGUUCAUAAGAGCUCUAGCGACAUACAAGGAUGUUGAGUCUGUGCAGUCAGUAAUGACUACGGGAUUCAACUCCACGAUGAAAGCACUGGAAGACAGGAAGAAGACCAAGCCAGAGAAUCGCAUUUCAAUUGUGUUCGUCUGCAAGGCUGAUGUUAAACCACCUCUUUUGGUUCAACAUCUGCCGGUACUAGCAGCUGUCGCAUCCAUUGAAUCAGAUCCAGUGAAGCUUGUUCAACUACCUCAUGGGAGCUCCGCAAAGAUAUCACAAGUUCUGGGCAUCAAAGACACUUGGAUUGUUGGAAUACCUCGUGUCUUGACAAUGGAACUCAAUAGCGAAUUCCAAGUGCUUCAGGACUUCGUUUUUGAAAGUGUUGAAGAUGUGCUGGUGCCCUGGUUGCAAGCUGAGCCUGAGUACGAAAAAGCCAAGGUGAAGUUCAUAUCCACUACUCAACCCAUAGUUACAAAGAACAAUCAGAAGGGCAAGAUCUCGAAGACUUGA